ACCACAACCAUAAACACCAACAAAAAAACCCAUAAAACACUCACCGGUAUCUCUUCCAUUUUCCCAUACAUUUUCAACUUUCAUGCAUGCAAAAACUCCACCCUUUUCAUGACCAACAACAAUGGCAGCAGCAGCAACAAUCUCCGAUCUCCGACGCCCGUUAAUCCUCUCCAACACCCACCUCACGCACACAUUUGCCGAUGACAACUCACCCUCGCAACACAUCUUGACAAUAAACGAUCAUCCUGGCUAUAACAACAAUAUUAUUAAUAAUAAUAAUCAAGAUUUGAGCCGUUUUGCAGGGGCAUUUGCGAGAACGGAGGGGAACCCGUAUGAGGUUAUUGGGUCAGAUGGGUUUGAGGCUCCGGUGUCAACAACGGUGGACCCGUUUAGAAACCUAACGCCAAAGAUUGAAGGGGUGUAUGAGUGGGUUAAGAUGGUGGUUUGUGUUCCAAUAGCUUUGGUUCGGGUUGUGUUGUUUGGGUUGUGUAUAGUGGUCGGGUAUGUUGCUACCAAAUUAGCUUUGUGUGGUUGGAAAGAUAGUUCGAAUGCAAUGCCCAGGUGGAGGUGUAGGGUUAUGUAUGUUACAAGGUUAUGUGGGAGAGCCAUUCUUUUUUCUUUUGGCUACCAUUGGAUUAAAAGAAAAGGAAAACCGGCUCCAAGAGAAAUCGCUCCUAUGCUUGUAUCUAAUCAUGUAUCAUAUAUUGAUCCGAUUUUCUUUUUCUACGAAGCAUGUCCAACAAUUGUUACAUCCGAGUCUCAUGAUUCCAUGCCGUUUGUUGGAGUCAUAAUCAGAGCUAUGCAGGUGAUAUAUGUGAAUCGGUUCUCAUAUCAAUCACGCAAGCAGGCUGUACAUGAAAUAAAGAGAAAGGCCUCAACCAAUACAUAUCCUCGAGUACUUUUGUUUCCUGAGGGAACCACAACGAAUGGAAGACAGCUUAUUUCGUUCCAACUCGGUGCAUUUAUUCCCGGUUUGCCCAUACAACCGGUGGUCAUUCGCUAUCCUCAUGUACAUUUUGAUCAAUCAUGGGGCCAUAUCUCUUUGCCGGCCCUCAUGUUUAGAAUGUUCAUGCAGUUCCACAAUUUCAUGGAGGUUGAAUAUCUUCCUGUUAUUUCACCGUCACAAAAUCACAAGGAAAGUCCUGCUCGGUUUGCUGAGAGGACUGGGAGAGCCAUGGCUUUAGCUCUAAAUGUUGCGCAAACAUACCAUUCUUUUGCCGAUUAUGCACUUCUUUCAAAGGCAGUUGAAGCUGGACAGGAGAGGUUUUCGCCCUUUAUGGUUGAAAUGGCGCAAGUUCAAAAAUUAUAUCAGUUGAGCUCUUCAGAAGCAGUAGCGUUCUUGGGAAGAUUUCUUGCAAUGAAUCCGGACAGCAGUGGAUUUGUUCAAUAUCAAGAUUUCAUAAGGGUUUUAAGAUUGAAACAUUCUCGCCUUUCUGAACAGAUUUUCGGAUUUAUUGACGCUGACAAGGAUGGAAGUAUAACUUUCAAAGAGUUCUUGGUCGGAUCUAUUCACGUUCUGAAGCUGCCAUUAUUCCCACGAGCAUGUGAAGCAGCAUUUAAUGAAAGCGAUGAAGACAAAGAUCAUUACAUUUCAUUGUUGGAGUUCGGAGGUUCCACCAGCGCAGUUAUCCCGGACUUGACCACUAGCGAGAUACAAGCGCUCUUCGAAUUGUUUGACGUUGAUGGUGAUGGUAGGAUAAGCAAGGAUGAUUUUAUUACUUGCUUAAGAAGAAAUCCUUUGCUCAUAGCACAUUUCAAUCACCUUUUCAUGCAUAAAGAUUUGGAUGCAGAAAGAGGUUUAGAUGAAAUGGUUUGAUGGUAAAACUUUCUUUUAUAUAUUUCAUUAUGUUGGUUGUUUUAUAUAGAAAAAAAAGUGUCCCUCCAUUGAAUUUGUUGUAUCUACAUGUAAGCAAACAAUUUUUAGUGUAUGUAAAUUUUGUAUACUCAAGAAAGGUAUAUAUAAAAAGGGGCAUGUUUACAUGGAA